AUGGCCGGUUUCAUUCAGGAACAGGGCGGGUGGCUUUCGGAAGAUGAUCUCGCCCAACACCAUUCGGACUGGGACGAACCCAUCAAGACCGAUUAUCGCGGCGUGACGUGCUGGGAGUGUCCGCCCAACGGUCAGGGCAUCAUCGCCCUGGAAGCCCUGAAUAUUACCGAGGGGUUCGACAUCGCCGGAAUGGGGCCGCAAAGCGCCGACCGGUAUCACCACCUGAUUGAAGCCACCAGAUUGGGAUUCGCCGAUGCCUUCGAGUACCUGGCUGAUCCAAGGAGCGUGGAGGUUCCGACCAGUAUUUGGGCCUCCAAGGAGUAUGCCGACAAACGGCGGGAACUGAUUGACCCGCAACGGGCGAUGAAAACCGCACCCUACGGCAAGAUGGUUCCCGGCAGCGACACCGUUUACAUCAGCGUGAUCGAUGGGGCUGGCAACGCCUGCUCCCUAAUCAACAGCGUCUUCGCCAAUUUCGGAUCGGGCCUGGUGGUGCCGGGCACCGGCAUCGUGAUGCACAACCGGGCGGCGCUAUUCCAGUUGGACCCGGAGCAUCCCAAUGUCCUGGCGGGACGCAAACGGCCCUUCCACACCAUCAUUCCGGCAAUGGCCACCCGCGAUGGCGAAUUGUGGCUGAGUUACGGGGUGAUGGGUGGAUUCAUGCAGCCCCAGGGACAUUUGCAGGUCAUCAGCAAUAUGGUUGAUUUCGGCAUGGAUUCGCAGACUGCGCUGGAUGCCUUGCGGUUCCAGGUUGCUGGCGAUGAACUGUGGCUGGAAGGGGACGUUGACAAUGAAGUGGCCGCCGAGCUGCAUCGCCGAGGGCACCGGGUCAACGUGAUGCACGGCCCGCAACGGGGCGGCGCCGGUGGAAUGGGCGGCGGCCAGAUAAUCAGUCGCGACCCGGACUCAGGCGUCCUCAGCGGAGGCAGCGAGCCCCGGAAGGACGGCGCCGCGGUCGGCUGGUAA